UCAAGAGAACGUUAAAACACAAUCAGCUGCAGUCAGUCGGGCACUUCCAAUUGAAUAGUCGACGAAAGAGGUUCUCGAGACCCCAAAAUAAUCGGUUUCUACAGGCUAACUAAGUUCUUACAUACAUAGAGGAGAUAUGGCAGUUCCAGUGGAUCAGACAGCGGCUGUCAAUCAGAUUCGCGAUGGGCUCAUGGACGACUGGAAUGUCCUGCAGAACGUCUUCAAGUUGCUCCAGAAGGAGGAUACCUUCUCUGUGGAUCCCCAGAAGUGGGGCAAGCAAAAGAUAGUGCCGUUUUUACAGCCAGACAAACUGAAGGAACUGAUUAAUCUGAAAGUCCGCGAGACGGAGAAGUGCACACUCGCUGAAAUCGAGGAGCUGUGUCAGCAGGUCAUCCAUUACUCCGUGAAAACCUCGCACGGGCGCUUCCACAAUCAGCUCUUUGGGCAGCUCGACCCAUUCGGCUUGGCAGGAGCCCUGAUCACCGAGGCCAUGAACGGAAGCACAUACACCUACGAAGUUGCCCCUGUGUUCAGCCUGAUUGAGACUGAAAUAAUUUCGACCAUGAGUCAGCUGGCGGGAUAUAAGGAUGGCGAUGGCAUUUUCGCGCCCGGCGGCUCCACCUCCAACAUGUACGGCAUGGUCCUGGCCCGCUACAAGAUCGCUCCCGAGGUGAAGACCGCGGGAAUGUUUGGGAUGCGACCCCUGGUGCUGUUCACCUCCGACGAAUCGCACUACAGCUUCAUGAAAGCGGCGAACUGGCUGGGAUUGGGCAGUGACAACUGUGUGUCGGUGAGGACCAACGAUCGGGGUCAGAUGCUCCUGGACGAUCUGGAGGAGAAGAUCGAGGAGGCGAAGGCGCGUGGUGGACGGCCGUUCUUUGUCAACUGCACGGCAGGUACCACUGUACUGGGUGCCUUCGAUGACAUAAAUGGUGCAGCGGAUGUGGCGGAGCGUCAUGGUCUGUGGCUCCAUGUGGACGCCUGUUUGGGGGGUGCUUCACUGCUCUCCUUAAGGAAUAGAUCCCUAAUCACAGGCCUAGAGCGGGCCAACUCCUUCGCCUGGAAUCCACAUAAGACAGUCGGUGCUCCUUUGCAGUGCUCGAUGUUUCUAACUCGGGAAUCGGGUCGUCUGCUGGAGAGAUGCAACAGCACCGAGGCGCACUACCUCUUCCAGCAGGACAAGUUCUACGACGUGUCCUACGACACGGGCAACAAGAGUGUCCAGUGCGGCCGCAAGAUCGACGCCUUUAAGUUCUGGCUGAUGCUAAAGGCCCGCGGUUACGGGAAGUACGGACUCCUGGUGGACCAUGCCAUCGAUAUGGCCAGAUUGCUGGAGGAUAAGCUGCGUCAGCGCGGAGAUCGCUUUAGAUUGGUGCUGCAGAAGCACGAGUACUCCAAUGUCUGCUUCUGGUACAUCCCAAAACGCAUGAGGGUGGCCCCGAAGGAGGAAACCCCUGAAUGGUGGGAUCGUCUUUAUACUGUGGCUCCGAAGAUCAAAGAGCAGAUGGCCCACAGUGGCACCUUAAUGGUGGGCUAUUCCCCUCUCAAAGCUAAAAAUCUGGGCAACUUCCUCCGCAUGGUCUUCACUUGCUUCCCUGUCCUUAAAAGCGAAGAGCUGGAUUUCAUCUUGGAUGAGAUUGAGAGAUUGGGAGAGAAAAUUGUCGUUUAAUCAACAUGUUUGAUUUUAAAGGCAAUUUUAAAUAUUCAAUUAAGUAAAUUACACGAAAAUAAAUGUAAAUAAGUAUAAAUAAAACGGGGUUUGCACUCUUUUUGAGGUUUGAA